AAACAAAAUAUACAAACAACAAAAUCCCCUUAAAAAAAUAUUUCUUUCGAUCCAAGGUUUAAAAGAAAACAUUCAAAAUUCACAGACUAAGCAAAGCAGAUGCUACAUUCACACUCUACUCCUAAACCAAUACGAAAGUUGAGUGUAUAAUCGAAUCAUUUCCAAAUUGCGAGUGUGUUCGGUCAUUAGAAGAAAUUAAAAUUGAAAUUCAACCGCGGCUUUACCGCGGCAUAUUAUGUCACGAGACGAUUACAAUCCUGUAACAAGCUCUGGUGUUCGUAGCCCGGGUCGUAACAGACGACUUACGGAAUUGCCAACAGUUGAUCGUUCACCAUCACGGGAUUACGGUACACGUGGAAGUCCUUUAGCAAUGGGCAGUCCAUACUACAGAGACAUGGAUGAGCCAACAAGUCCCGCGGGGGCGGGACAUCAUAGGAGUCGUAGUGCCAGCAGACCAGUAAUGUCACAUGGACUUGACUAUCCAAGAGCCCCUAGAUAUCAAUCAUUGGAUAGAGGAGGCCUUGUAGAUCAUCAUGAUCGUGAAUUCAUACCCAUACGUGAACCACGUGAUCGUUCCCGUGAUAGAUCGUUGGAAAGAGGUCUUUAUUUGGAGGAUGAAUUAUACGGCCGUUCGGCAAGGCAGAGUCCCAAUCCUUUAGGUUUUAAUACCGGCAUGCCUACAGUGGACCGUGGUUAUCAUCUGGGCGAUUUGCAACAUCAGAAUACAGAUUUACAGCGGGAAUUGGCGCAACUAAAACGUGAGCUAGAGUUGACAAAUCAAAAGCUAGGCAGUUCCAUGCACAGCAUUAAGACUUUCUGGUCGCCCGAACUGAAAAAAGAGCGAGCGCUACGCAAAGAAGAGAGCGCCAAAUAUAGUUUAAUCAAUGAUCAGCUGAAACUAUUGAGCACAGAAAAUCAAAAACAAGCCAUGCUGGUGCGUCAAUUAGAGGAGGAACUACGUGCACGUAUGCGUCAGCCGAAUAUAGAGAUGCAACAGCAAAUUGAAGCUGUUUAUGCUGAGAAUGAUCAUUUGCAACGUGAAAUUAGCAUUUUACGCGAAACAAUUAAAGAUUUAGAAUGUCGUGUUGAAACGCAAAAACAAACUUUGAUUGCACGCGAUGAAAGUAUUAAAAAAUUAUUGGAAAUGUUGCAGGCCAAAGGCAUGGGCAAAGAAGAAGAGCGUCAAAUGUUUCAACAGAUGCAAGCCAUGGCCCAAAAACAGUUGGACGAAUUCCGUCUUGAAAUACAGAGGAGGGAUCAGGAAAUAUUGGCAAUGGCGGCCAAAAUGAAAACAUUGGAAGAACAACAUCAGGACUACCAGAGGCAUAUUGCGGUUUUGAAAGAGUCGCUGUGUGCCAAGGAGGAACACUACAACAUGUUGCAGUCCGAUGUUGAAGAGCUGAGGGCCCGUCUCGAGGAGAAGAAUCGUUUGUUGGAAAAGAAGAAUCAGGGUACCAUGCAGACAGUUCAGGAGCGUAAUCGUCUUACCAGCGAGCUAACCGAACUCAAGGAUCACAUGGAAAUUAAAGAUCGUAAAAUCUGUGUACUCCAACGAAAGAUUGAAAACUUAGAGGAUUUGCUCAAGGAGAAAGAUAACCAGGUGGAUAUGGCUCGUGCACGGUUAUCGGCAAUGCAAGCUCAUCAUAGCAGUUCGGAGGGCGCUCUCACAAGUCUCGAAGAGGCCAUUGGCGAUAAAGAGAAGCAAAUGGCUCAACUGCGAGAACAGCGAGAUCGUGCCGAACAUGAGAAACAAGAAGAACGGGAACUGCAUGAGCGUGAAAUUGCCGAUUACAAAAUAAAAUUGCGUGCCCUCGAAAGUGAAGUUGAAAAGCUAAAUACUCGCCUUGAACGUGCCGUCACAGAACGUGAACGUUUAGAAAUCAAGCUUGAGGCUUCACAAAGCGAAUUAGGCAAAUCGAAAGCCGAAUUGGAAAAAGCCACCUGUGAAAUGGGACGCAGCAAUGCCGACUGGGAGACCACCAAGCAGCGUAUAGCGCGCUUAGAACUCGAAAACGAACGACUCAAACACGAUUUGGAACGUUCACAGAUGCAGCUAGAUGAACAAACCACACUACAUAAAACAACAUUUGGUCGCACAACUUUAACAACUUCCCAAGAGCUGGAUCGAGCACAAGAGCGCGCUGAUAAAGCAGCUGCCGAACUGAGACGUACCCAAGCCGAGCUCAGAGUCACUCAGUCGGAUGCUGAAAGAGCUCGCGAGGAAGCGGCUGCCCUGCAGGAGAAACUGGAAAAGAGCCAGGGUGAAGUGUAUAGACUGAAAGCCAAAUUGGAAAAUGCCCAGGGUGAACAGGAAAGUUUGCGUCAAGAGCUGGAGAAAGUACAAGGUGGCAUCUCACGUAUACACGCCGAUCGAGAUCGGGCCUUCUCAGAGGUGGAUAAGAUGAAGGAGGAAAUGGAACGUACCCAAGCCACUUUGGGUAAAGCACAAUUGCAGCAAGAAAAACUACAGAAUGCUUUGGACAAGGCACAAAACGAGGUGGAUCAUUUGCAAGAGAAACUGGACAAGGGCGGUGUUGACAAUCGUCGUUUGGUCUUGGAGAAGGAGAAACUAACGUACGACUAUGACAAUUUGCAAUCGCAAUUGGACAAGGCUCUGGGUCAGGCUGCACGUGUACAGAAGGAACGUGAAACUCUUACAUUGGACACCGAUCGUAUUCGCGAGAAACUCGAAAAGGUUCAGAUACAACUAACACGUGUCCAGAAGGAACGUGAUCAAUUCUCCGACGAAUUAGAAACUAUUAAAGAGCGAUCAGAAUCAUCACAAACACUGCUUCAGAAAGCAGCACGCGACAGAGAAGCCAUGCAAACUGAUUUGGAGGUACUCAAAGAACGUUAUGAGAAAUCACAUAUCAUACAGCAAAAACUUCAGAUGGAACGUGAUGAUGCUGUUACGGAAGUGGAGAUUCUUAAGGAGAAAUUGGACAAAGCUUUGUAUGCCAGCCAGAAACUUAUUGACGAGAAGGACACUUCAAACAAAGAAUUUGAGAAAAUGCUGGAGAAAUACGAUCGUGCACAGAAUGAAAUUUAUCGCCUACAGUCACGCUGUGAUACAGCCGAAGCAGAUCGAGCUCGUUUGGAGGUCGAAGCAGAACGCUCUUCACUGGCAGCCUCAAAAGCACGAGAAGAUCUACGCAAGCUUCAGGAAGAAAGCACUCGUUUGCAAGAAGCCUGUGAUAGAGCUGCACUGCAACUUAGUCGUGCCAAGGAAUGCGAAGAUAAUGCUCGUGCCGAGCUCGAACAUCAUAGAGAACGUUACGAUAAAAUACAAACAGAUCUGCGUCGUACACAGGGCGAGAAGGAGCACCUGCAAUCAGAACUCGAACGCGUCAGCUAUGAGUUGGAGCGAGCUCAUGCUGCCCAAAGCAAGGCCAGUGCCAGCGUUGAAGCUGCCAAAGAUGAAUGUGCUCACUAUGCCAUUGAGCUCGAAAAGAUGCGAGAUCGCUAUGAAAAGAGCCAGACAGAACUUCGGAAACUGCAAGAUACCGAUACAUUUGGCCGGGAAACUCGUCGCCUUAAGGAAGAAAACGAGCGUCUGCGAGAGAAGCUGGAUAAAACCCUUAUGGAACUCGAGACAAUACGAGGCAAAUCCCAAUACGAAUCAGAAACAUUUGAAAAGUACAAGGACAAGUAUGAGAAAAUCGAAAAUGAAAUUGGCACCAUGGAAUCCAAACUCCACGAAACAUCUUUGCAACUCGAACUGUCCAAGGGAGAGGUGGCCAAAUUGCUGGCCAAUCAAGAGAAACAACGUAGCGAACUGGAAAGAGCACAUAUUGAACGAGAAAAGGCCCGAGACAAACACGAGAAGUUACUAAAAGAAGUAGAACGCUUAAGAUUACAACAAGCCUCCGCCAUUAGUCCCGCUGACUCAGUACGUACAGCUUCGUUAUCAGCUGGAGAUCGCCAAGAAAUUGACCGAUUAAGAGAUCGCUUGGAAAAAGCGUUGCAAUCUCGCGAUGCCACCGAACUGGAAGCAGGGCGCUUGGCUAAGGAACUCGAGAAAGCUCAAAUGCAUUUGGCCAAACAACAGGAAACCAACGAAUCUACUCGUAUUGAAUUUGAACGCAUGUCUGCCGAACUGGGUCGACUUCAUGACCGCCUCGAAAAGGCCGAAGCAGAGAAGGAAUCUCUGAGACAAUCUGCCAGAAAUGGAGCAGCAGACAAACCUCAUCCACAACUCGAAAAACACAUACAACAGCUGGAAAGUGACUGCAAACAGCUGUCAAUCGAAAGGGAACAAUUAGUGCAUCAAUUGGAAAAGAGCCAGGAAAUCCUAAUGAACUUCCAAAAAGAACUACAAAAUGCCGAAACAGAACUCCAAAAUGCCCGAGAUGAAAACCGCAAACUGCGCAAUGGCCAACCCGUGGCACCAGCCGCACCGGCCGAAAUUCAAGCAAUGCAAAAGGAAAUUCAAACGUUGCAACAGAAACUUCAAGAGUCCGAAAAGGCGGUACAGGCAGCUGGUGCCUCCGCCCAAGGAGGAGCCUCACGAGAAGAAUUGGAGCAGUGGCGCAAAGUCAUCGAGGCGGAAAAGAACAAGGCCGAUAUGGCAGAUAAGGCGGCUCAAGAGAUGCAUAAACGUCUACAGAUGAUGGAUCAGCAUAUUAAGGAACAACAUGCUCAAAUGCAGAAAAUGCAACAACAGUUGCAACAGCAAGCACAACAACAACAACAGCAACAACAACAAGCACCUGCGAACACACAAGAAAUGCAACAACUCAACCAAGAACUGGAGAAAGUCAAAGCUGAACUUCAAGCUGCCACAACACAAAGAGAUCAAUUCCAACAGCAAUUGGAAAUUUUGGUCGAAGAACUACAAAAGAGCCAGGUUGCCAACCAGGAACAAGCGAAACAACUACAAGCUGCCCAACAACAAAUACAACAACUACAGCAACAAAUACAACAGAUCAGCCAAGCGGGAGGAGCAAAUGCUGCCGCCAGCGAAGCACAAAAACAACAACUGGAACAACAACAAAAGCAAUUGGAGGAGAUACGCAAUCAAAUUGAUAAUCAAGCCAAGGCGGUCGAGAGUGAGCGCAAAAUUAUCGAAGAACAACGCAAACAAAUCGAAGCCAAACGCAAAGAUAUUGAGGAGAAAGAAAAGAAAAUGGUCGAAUUCGAUGUCCAACUGCGCAAACGAAAAGAUCAAGUGGAUCAAUUAGAAAAGUCUCUGCAAGCUCAAGGAGGCGGUGCAGCAGCUGCCGGAGAACUAAACAAAAAACUCAUGGAAACACAAAGACAAUUGGAAGCUUGCAUCAAAGAACUACAAAAUACCAAAGAAGAACACAAGAAGGCAACAGCGGAAACCGAACGAUUACUCAAAUUGGUACAGAUGUCUCAAGAAGAACAAAAUGCCAAGGAAAAGACAAUUAUGGACUUGCAACAAGCCUUAAAGAUUGCCCAAGCAAAAGUCAAACAAGCACAAACACAGCAGCAACAACAACAAGAUGCUGGACCAGCUGGAUUCUUAAAGAGCUUUUUCUAAACAUAACAAAAAUUAACAAUUAUUACUCUAUCUCUCUCUAUCUCUCUCUCUACACUAACUACACUACAGUUUACAGUUUCUACUAAAUAUAUAUAUAUUUGUACAUUUGUUGUUGUUCUUGCUUAUACUUUUUUUCGAACCAUCAAUUAUCAAAAAACAGAAAAACAAAAACAAACAAAAAUGUCAGUAUUUACAUACUCUAUAACUCUAUAAACUCUACUCUUCAAAGCAAAAUACAAAACCAAAAAAAGCGGAAAAACAAAAAGAAAAAAACCAAACAAAAAAACUCAAAUUCAAAAUAUUUUUUCUACUAUUUAUACAUAAUUAAGAAACCUCUCUAAUACUGCUAAUAAUUGCUUUACAUUUAAAUUAAAUUAAAUAAAUUUAUGGUACAAUUUAAGUUCAAUCAAAUAUACA